AUGAAUUCCUGUAGCAUGAAAUCAGUUUUAAUAUUUAAUUUAUUCAUUUCUGCACAGAGAGAUGCAAGCCAAGUCCAAAGCGUGAGAAACACUCAAGAAACCAAUAAGAGAAGGAGGCUGAGGCAUGAAGGCCAAAGUUCCUCAGUUCCUGCCUGUUGCUCCUGGACUGACCUUGAAAUCAGGAUCUUCCUGCAGGAGUGGGAAGUGGUGGAACAGGAAAUCCACCACCCAGGCAAGAAGAUGAAGAAGAAGAACAGUGCUAUCUGCCAGCGCCUCUAUCAGAUGGGCCUGAAGAAGUGCUGGGAAAGCUGUUUGGACCUGAUGUGGACCCUGAAGGACCUGCACACAACUCUCUGUAAUGAGAGACCAGGGAUCGUGCCCCUGUUUUCUCCUUAUGCAGAGGCCCUGUACAGGAUCUUGGGCCCCAGAUGGCAGGACGGCCAUGUCCAAGGUGCUUGGUAUGGUCGGUCUGGUAACACCCUGCCUUCUAUGUGCCCUCAACCUCCAAUGGUGAUGCCCCCUCCAGUAUACCAGCCUUGGGAUUAUGACAUGUCUGCAUCUUCUGGACAGCUCCAUGGGAACCCAUCAAUGAUGGUGUCCAGUCAGUAUUCACUGGAUCCCGGAUCGGAAGCCUGGAAUGCCACCUAUCCAAGGACAGUACCACACAUACUUCCUGCCUUUGUCCCUGGAGACACCAACCUCCAAGUGCCAUGGUCAACUUAUGAAUGA